AUGGAUUCACGAACUUUGGAGCUCUCCUACGCACAGCCCCGAGCAAAGGAAAACGCGAGGUUGAAUGUGGAAGGAGAGGCUUUGGAGAAGCUGGUAAUAAUAUUGGACACAAAGGAUGAACCAAGAAAACUCAAUCCAGAGACUGGCUCCCUCACCUACUUCAGUUACAAAGAAAGUUAG